CCCUUCACCGCGGCAAUUGAAGCAAAAACAAAGCAGAAAAUGACAACAUUCGGACAGACAGCUGAAGCAACCAGACACAACGGCACUGGUUACACUGCGUGAGCCGAAACUUAAUUUCAACGGGUUACGGGCUUGUUGACCGUUAAUAUGACACCACCAAUGCCGCCCUUUCUCACCCAAUUUUUUGGCUUCAAAUUAUUUAAUGCCCGAAAAUUUUUUCUUUCUUUUCUUAUUUUUUUAUUGAAAGUCACCAAUAGUUGGCCGGUACCUUGUGUACGACAACUCUAUUGAGUUAGUGCCGGUGUUUUCAACCAAAAAUCCAUCGACUUGUACACUGUAUGUUUAAUUCUUCUCUCAAAAUUUGAUCUUUCACUAUAUUGCCCUGAAAAUUUCUCACCUUUAGUUCAUCUUGUUAGGUUCAUCAAUGGCUGUUGCAAAUUAUGAUUCAAUUCUUUCACCCAAAAUUAGUCCCAGGGUCAGUUCCAAGACUCAGAUUUGUGGCACCCCAGUUGAUCUUCCAAGAGGGUUUUCUUGCAAGGGAAGAAAUCUCAAGCUCAAGUGUAAGAUGAUCAAGGCUGAAGUUCAAGCAGAAGCAGUGUUACAAGAGAAGAGUUUGCAGGGUCUGAGUUUGGGGUUCGAUGUGGUGUCACAGGGGGAACUGAGAGAGAAGGGGUUCAUGGGGAUGAGGAAGACGAAGAUAGUUUGUACUAUUGGGCCUGCAUGCUGUUCAGAGGAAGCUCUGGAGAAGUUGGCCUUGGGAGGGAUGAAUGUGGCUCGGCUUAACAUGUGUCACAACUCUAGGGAGUGGCAUCAAGAUGUGAUUAGGAAGAUCAAGAGGUUGAAUGAUGAAAAGGGGUUUUGUGUUGCUGUGAUGAUUGAUACUGAAGGUAGUCAGAUUCAUGUGGUUGACCAUGGUGCUCCUUCCUCUGUCAAAGCUGAGGUGGAUUCAAUAUGGUUGUUUACAGCUAAAAAAUUUGAGGGAUCUCUUCCUUUUACAGUGCAAGCAAAGUAUGAAGGCUUUUCUGAAGGUAUUGAAGUGGGCGAUGAGCUUGUUAUCGAUGGAGGAAUGGCAAGCUUUGAGGUGACUGAAAAACUUGGGAAUGAUCUGCGAUGUAAGUGCACAGAUCCCGGUCUUUUCCUACCUCGAGCAAAAUUGAGCUUUUGGAGAGAUGGGAAGCUGGUGGGGAGAAAUCAUGGACUCUCUACACUGUCAGAAAAGGAUUGGGCAGACAUUGAUUUUGCAAUUUCUGAAGGUGUUGAUUUUGUGGCCAUGUCAUUUGUAAGUGAUGCCGAUUCUGUCAGGCAUUUGAAGAAUUAUCUCUCUUCGAAAUCAACAAAGUCCAUAAAAGUACUGGCAAAGAUUGAAAACCUGGAGUCUCUGCUGAAAUUGGAAGAAAUUGUGGAUGCUUCUGAUGGAAUAAUGGUGGCUCGAGGUGACCUUGGAGUUGAAAUUCCGCUUGAGCAGAUUCCAGCAGUCCAGGAGAAAAUUACUCAUGUAUGUAGACAACUAAAUAAACCAGUGAUUGUAGCUUCUCAGCUUCUUGAGUCAAUGGUUGAAUUUCCAACUCCAACACGUGCUGAGGUUGCAGACAUUUCUGAAGCAGUUAGACAAUAUGCUGAUGCCCUGAUGUUGUCCGGAGAGUCAGCAAUUGGACCAUAUGGACAGAAGGCUAUUUCUGUCUUGCGGAUGACCAGCAGUCGAAUGGAACUGUGGAGUCGUCAGGAAAACCAACAAAGUGCUCUCAAGCAGUGUCAACUAGGGGUAUCACUGUCAGAUUGCAUUGCUGAGCAGAUAUGCAAUUGUGCUGUUGAAAUGGCUAACAACCUAGGUGUGGAUGCCAUCUUUGUAUACACAAAACAUGGGCAUAUGGCGUCUCUCCUGUCUCGUAACCGUCCAUACCCUCCCAUAUUUGCAUUCACGAAUGAUGAUAGCACCCGGAUGGCUUUGAAUUUGCAAUGGGGAGUUAUUCCCCUCCUUGUCGACUUAUUGGAUGACAUGGAAGCUAACGUAUCAAAAACCAUAGACCUCAUAAAGAUGAAGGGGAUGGUAAAACAAGGCGAUUCUGUUUUGGUGGUGUCAGAUUUAACUCCGACUCAUGUUACUUCGACAGCAUUCCAAUCGAUCCAAGUGAAGACCAUUGUUUAAGGCGAUAUGUUUGGCUGUUCCUGCUCAAUCCACUGUGCUCUAGAUGAAGAAUUUGUUCUUAAUAAAAUCAGAUUCUGUAUGCAUUAUGUUCAGUUGCUGUCAAUUUACAUCUUAUGAAGAUGGAAUUGUAGAAUGUUGAAUGUGAAAAUAGACUGCCGAAACAUCCAAAAUCAGUGUAGAAAUUGAAUCUUGGAAGUUUCAAUUUAGUGAUGAGCCCACAUGUCACUUUUGCUACCAAAA